CCUUUGUAUUUUGUGGAUUUGCAGGAUGACUUAGAUGAUUUUGGGUUUGAAGAUUAUGGACCAGACUGUGAUAGCAUGAGGAUAACGGCAUUCUUGGAUAUUCCUGGACAGGACAAUUUAACUCCACUGGCUCGUCUAGAAAAAUACGCCUUCAGUGAUAACAUAUUUAACAGGCAAAUUAUUGCCAGAGGUCUUUUGGAUAUCUUUCGAGAUUUCAGUAAUAAUGAAGAAGACUUCCUGACUGUAAUGGAAAUAGUGGUCAGGCUCUCUGAAGAUGCAGAACCAACUGUACGUACAGAGCUGAUGGAACAAAUACCUCCUAUUGCCAUUUUUCUGCAAGAAAGUCGACCAAAAUUCCCAACGGCGUUUUUUGAGUACCUUAUGCCCAUAGUAGUGAGAUACCUCACGGAUGUUAACAAUCAGGUUAGAAAGGCAGGUCAGGAAGCACUGCUUAUACUGCUAGAACAAGAUCUUGUUGCUCAGAGUGACAUUGAAAAUAAGGUGUGUCCAAUUCUGUUGGACCUCUCUGCUCCUGACAGUGAUGAUGAGUACAAGGUGGAAGCUGUGAAUAUAAUCUGUAAAAUGGCUUCUAUGUUGAGCAGAACAACAGUUGAGCACAUGCUGCUUCCUCGUUUCUGUGAACUGUGCAGUGAUGGGAAGUUGUUUCAAGUCCGAAAGAUUUGUGCAGCUAAUUUUGGUGACAUUUGUAAUGCAGUUGGGCAAGAAGCCACAGAAAGACUGCUGAUUCCCAAGUUCUUUGAACUCUGUUCUGAUAGCGUCUGGGGAAUGAGAAAAGCUUGUGCUGAAUGCUUUAUGGCAGUGUCUUACACCACAUCCCCAGAAGUUCGCAGAAGCAAAUUAUCCCCACUGUUUAUCAGUCUUAUUAGUGACACUUGCAGAUGGGUUCGUCAGGCUGCUUUUCAGUCUCUUGGCCCGUUUAUUUCUACCUUUGCAAACCCUUCAAGUGCUGGUCUUUACAUUCGAGAAGAUGGGACACUGAGUAUCCGACCAUCAACGCAAGACAUGAAUUCCAAUUCCUGUCAGCCGAGCAACAAUAUAACUUUAAUGUCCUCCAGUACAAAUGCUACAUUAUCCAGUUCAGAACAACCAAUGGAAAUCAAACCAGAAUCAUCGACUGAGGAGACUUCAGCUGAAGUUAAUACAAAGCUCUCAGUUGAGAACCUAAAUAAAGAUACACGGGAAGAAAGUUCAGAUUAUUGUACCAAUCCUGGAGAAGAUGUGUCUCGAUUGUCUCAGGGUGACAAAGUUGCUGCUGGUGUCGUAGAAGUCACUAAGGACAGCAAUUUUCCUGGAACGAACUCAAGGCUACAGUCUGCUGAGGACGUAUUUAAUACUUUUCUAUACUGGCGCCCUCCUCUGCCUGAUAUAAGUCAGGAUCUGGAGCUGCUUCAGUUCAAGACUGAAAAGCACAAAGAUAGCUGCUCUGUGCCAUGUAAUAACUGUGUUGCUAGUAGUGAAAUAAAAAAAGUUCUAGAAAGCUUACAGGAACACAUAGAUGAUCCAGAUGUUCAAGCUCAGGUCCAAGUGUUGUCUGCUGCUCUCAGAGCUGCUCAGUUUGAUUCUGUUGGUGACUAUGAGACCAAAAAAAUGAAAGAAAGCAGUGGCAAAAUUCAGAACAGAACUAUUUCAGAUGAACCAGCUGUUUCAGAUGCUACCUGUGACCAGGUGGAGGAAGAUGAUCUUUCAUCCCCUGCCUCCCAGGAUGAUAACAUCAGUGACCAGUCUACAACCAGUGUACUGAAAAGCAUAGACUCGGAGGAACAACACAGAGGAACCAGUGUGUUUUUAAAGAAAGAGCAAGAAAAUAAUCCACCAUUUGAAGAUGACAAGUCAAAAUUACAGGAUAUCAUACCUCAACCUUUAUUAGACCAGUACUUGUCAAUGACCGACCCGGCUCGAGCCCAGACUGUUGAUACUGAAAUAGCCAAACACUGUGCAUAUAGUCUUCCUGGGGUGGCCUUAACACUGGGCAGGCAGAACUGGCACUGCCUGAAAGAUACAUACGAGACACUGGCCUCAGAUGUACAGUGGAAGGUACGUCGGACACUAGCUUUCUCCAUACAUGAACUAGCAGUUAUUCUGGGGGAUCAGCUAACAGCUGCUGAUCUGGUGCCAAUUUUCAAUGGAUUCUUGAAAGAUCUGGAUGAAGUGCGUAUUGGUGUCCUUAAACAUCUGUAUGACUUUCUAAAGUUACUUCAUGCAGACAAAAGGCGAGAGUAUCUUUACCAACUUCAAGAAUUUGUGGUGACUGAUAACAGCAGGAACUGGAGGUUUCGUUAUGAGCUGGCAGAGCAGCUGAUCCUGAUACUGGAACUCUACAAUCCCAAUGAUGUCUAUGACUACUUAAGACAUAUUGCACUAACUCUCUGCUCCGAUAAAGUUUCAGAAGUUCGGUGGAUCUCCUUCAAACUGGUUGUAGCAAUACUACAGAAGUUCUACGCAAACAAUGCAAAUGCACUGGGAUUAAAUUUCAUUAAUGAACUUGUAGUGCGGUUUCGUCACUGCUCCAAGUGGGUUGGAAGACAAGCUUUUGCCUUCAUUUGUCAGGCUGUAGUAGAAGAAGAAUGUAUGCCUGUCGACCAAUUUGUUGAACACUUACUCCCCAGUCUUUUAAGUCUUGCUUCAGAUCCUGUGCCAAAUGUAAGGGUUCUGCUUGCCAAGGCUCUGAGGCAGACGUUAUUGGAGAAAGCUUAUUUUAAAAGUGUUGGCAAUCCUCAUCUAGAAGCUGCAGAAGAGACCAUUCUAGCCCUACAGUCUGACCGAGAUCAAGAUGUGUCCUUCUUUGCCACCAUAAAACUAAAACAGGGUAACAUGGACAGUACUACCGUUGAAAAACAAAACUAAUGUGUUCUCCUGCAGUAAGCACUGAACAUCAAAAUGGUUUUUCACCUUAUGUUUGCGGUUAGCAUGAAUAAUGUGGACAAAUAAGAAGGUUUUUGUUACCUACUCGAGCUGGAAAGGGUCUAUUGAGAAAUGUUCAUUUCGUGACCACCUUUCAUCCACAGCUGUGUGUUUCUCUUCUGAUGUGCAUGAGUAAUUCCUUUUGGUUUUUUCUUUGUAAAUGUGGGUGAUAACUCUGAUCUCGCCUGCAGUGAAGUAUUGUAUGUAAAGUCUUACACCAUACGCAGUAUUUCAGUGUACUUGGAACUCAUAUUACAUUUUUCAACAAAACAUUUCCAGUAGUAGAGCAGUCUGCUAUAGCUUAAAAUGGUUUCUAGAUCUUAAAACCUGAUUAUAGCAAACUUACAUGAAGGUAUUCUUUCCUCACUUUUCUUGUAGUUUUUGUAUUGUUUCAAGUAUUGCAUUUUAACUGAAAAAAGUGUAUAUAUGUGAAUAAUUUUGAAUUUUAACAAAAAUUAUGAAGAACUUAAUUCUGUAUUGGUGGAAAAAAGCUCAAAAAUCAUUUCAUUUUAUAAAGUAGUCUGCUAGAAUCAAGGCACGGUUCAUUUUUAUUUAAUAUAAUGUGAUAUUUUUCAAAGCACAGAGAGCUCAAGAUUCUUUGUCUAUUGUGACUUUUCUAUUAAUCUUUUAUUUCUGAGCUAUACCCUUACAGGUGUUAACAUGUCUGUUUUCAUUACUGCUGGCUCUGGUAGUGGUAGGUAGACUGUAAAUUUCCCAAACUGAAAAUUACUCAUUCUGCCCUAGCAAAGUUCACCUCGUGUAAGGGAUUCGGUUCCUGCAACACGUGCUGUAUCUGUAGAAGGGUAUUGCAGAAUUUUACAAGUUUUUGUUUGUUCGUUUUACAUACACACGUCACUUAAAAAACACCUUUUAACUGGUCCAACGUUCAAAUCCCGAACAGCCCGCUACUUUGUUCCGAAGAAACGAAGGACCUCUAAAUUCUGAAAAAGCCCAAAUAACAAAUGUUCAGGGGAAAGGUGGUGACGCGGUUUGCUCUACAACUUCUGUUGAUUGUAUGGUAAGGUUUGGGGCAAACAACCAAUGAAGGUUACCGAGAUCCUUAAGCUUAAGUAGGACGUCUUCUGUGUGCUUAAACAGGUGUUUCGGAGGAAAGAAAGAAUAUACAGAUAGAAUGCAGUUCUGUUAAUGAAAUUGCAGCGCUUCUGACUGGUUUGAAAAAUUACAAAGCCAGUAUUUUUUGGUGGAUCCUGUCUUCUGUUGUGUCCCAAAUCUGCAGAUAAUGUGGGGCCUGGAAAAUAAAUAGUCUUACUUCUUUAGAUUGUGGAUUGGAACUUUGUCCUGUUGAAAAACUAAUGC